AUGGCGGCGGAGGCGAUUUGUCAAAUGAUCGCCGGCGAUUCGCCGUUCGUCGCCGCCGAAUCGGGUCUGUUUCCCACUCCGUACUUCUUCUUCUUCUCCAUCUUUCUGGUCGUUUCCCUUCUGAUAUUCUCCUAUUCGGGAAUCUCGUGGAUUUUCACGCAAUGGGAGGUGAAAAGCGGUUGGAAAGCGAUUUUAUUGUCCUACGUGCUUUCGACCGCCCAACUUACAACGUUCAUUUUUAUUUCGAGGCACGUCUCGGAUCCGGACGGCUUUCCGGUGAGUUUACAAUAGUGGUGGAGCCGAGAAGGGGUCACAACCCGCUGCCCUUUCUUUAAAGCAAUAUAUCUCAGCUGUGUUUCGAGAUAUCAAAAAGUGGCCAACUAAUAAAAUGUUGUCGAUAUCUUUCUAAACAAUUUUCUAAUUGACUUCUUUUUUAUAUCUCUACCAGCAGCCGAGAUAUAUCAUCUAGAAGGAUCGGUACUUAAAUGUCGGUCGAAUCCCAAAAACUAAAACUGUUCCAGUACGGUCGACUGGCCGGAAUGCUCUGCGGCGGCCUCUGCCUCGUCAUGCACGUGCCCACGCAAUGCUUCAUUGCCGUCAACAAAAGCGACGUGGCUCCCAGCUCCCCCGCCCGCACCACAAAUAUCAUCAGUCUGCUCAUUUCGCUCGUCCUUCUCUCGCUCCGAAUCACGAAGAAAAUGCCCGUUUCCUACUGUGACAUUGAUAUUGUCUAUCGCCUAUUCGCCUACUUUCUCUGCCUCUCCUACUACACUUUCUUCUCCGUCCGCAACUUUGUUUGUAUGCUGAUGAUUCUGAAGAAAUUGAAAGGCAUGUUGGAAAUGCCGAAUAAGGAUAGUUACUCGAAAACAUCCGAGUUUGAGUGA